CGUGGGGUCGGGGUUAGGCGUGGUGGUUGUACAGGAGAGUGAUGGCCCUGGGGGCGGAAGAGGCUGCGACGACAGCAGAAUUUAAUAUAAGAUUUGACAGGGUGUGUGUGUUUAUUGGCGUUGCUCUUUGAUGGGUCCCAUGUCACCUGAAGUUCCAGACUGCCCCUCACAGUUGGCAACAGUCACCCUGCCCACUCCCAGUGAAGUCACAGCCAUUUUCAGUUCCAUGCUGUCUUCCAACAUCUUGAAAACUACAAUGUGGUGAGGUAGGCUAUACAUUGUGCAAAAAUGUAGAAACUCCUCUGAAGCCUUUGAGCAAGAAUGCUGCAUAAUGGAAUGGCUUCUGAAAAUGGAGUGGAUGCAUCAAUCAUUGUCAACAAAUACUGAUUCCCAUUUUUUCUUUUAGAUUUACAACAAGCGAGUGCAUUGUGACCUUUCAAUAUGGAUGAACAAAGUCCAAGAAAAUCUCUUCUUCCCUUCUCCAUACGUCCCUCCCACUUCACAUUGCUGGUAUUGAUGGCUCUACUGUUCCUGAUGCUGAAUUUGUGUGGCGUAAUGUAUGAUAAAACUGCAAUAAUUGUAUCUAAGUCAAAAUGGAGGAGAUAUCCAAUUCCAAAGUUUAUUCAGACCAUGAGGCAGAAAGUGGAGACAAGGAAUCUCCAUUGGACAGACAAGCUGGUACAAAAUGGCUACCAGAUUCACAGCUUCAGCCCUGAAGAAAGGUCAGAGGGAACGUUCCUUAUGAAAAUGAUCGAAUGGCCUAAACCCCCCAACUCUGCUGUGCCCUUUCAGAAAAGCAGUGACCCAUCUCACAGUCACUUUGUAAUUUUAAAUUCUGCAAAGACUUUCUGUGUGGGAGAUCAGCUACAAGUGAUGCUGCAGAUGUAUGAUUUUGAAGGUCACCCAAAGCGAUAUGGGGGUGACUAUCUCCAAGCUCGGAUCCACACCCCAGCUUUAAAAGCUGGUUCAGCAGGAACAGUUAUAGACAAUGAAAAUGGAUUUUACUAUAUCAAUUUUACUUUAUUUUGGCCUGGGAAAGUUGAAGUUUCUGUUUUACUGGCUCAUCCCAGUGAAGGGAUCCAAACACUUAAAAGACUACGCGAGGAACGACUAACGAGAGCAUAUUUUCAAAGUACCUUCAAGAAUGGGGACAUUUUAGAGACUACUCAAUGUAAUCUUUAUUUGCCUCAGACUGAGCCACUCUGUAACUUUACUGAUGUCAGGACUGGGGAGCCCUGGUUCUGUUACAAACCAAAGAAACUUCCCUGCUCGGCUCGUAUUAGCUCGACUGUAGCAGGAUUUCUAACACAUCUCUUCAUUGGAGAAGAGAAGCUUUAUUUCCAAAGUCAUAUCAACCUCAAGCAGCCCAUAUUACCCAGUGGCACAGGAUACAUAAUGGUAGAGCCUUCACCUCGACCAACUCCGGGUUUUGGAAAAUGUGUCCGGGGACAGCCCAUUGUAUCACCAUCCGGUUUUUAUUAUAAGGACCGGUGGAUGUCAACAACCUGCAAUAUUUACCACUUUGACACUCCUGCAAAAAUGACAGACUGUCUUCGUGGAAAAAAAGUUUAUCUGUUUGGAGAUUCCACUAUGCGUCAGUGGUUUGAAUAUUUAACUCAAUCCAUUCCAGGUCUCAAAAUAUUGGAUCUUGGUAAUCCUAUCAAGAUUGGUCCUCAUCUUGCAGUGAACGUGGAGAACAACUUUGUGGUAAAAUUUCGCCCUCAUGGUCUUCCCAUCCAAUUCAACACUUUUUCAAGACACCUGCGUUAUGUUUCAAAUGUACUGGAUGAAAUGAGAGAAAGAGGAAACACAGUUAUAGCCAUUACUUUAGCAGCCCAUUUCACCCCUUUUCCUGUUGAAGUCUAUAUUCGAAGAAUACAGAAUAUCAGGAGAUCAAUUCUACAGUUACUUGACAGGAGCCCAGAUACAGUGGUUGUCAUAAAGACAGCCAAUGUCAGGGAACAGCCCCCACAGAUCAUUAGCUCUGCCAGUGACUGGUAUGCUUAUCAGUUUGAUUCAGUGAUGAGGAAGAUGUUCACAGGCAUCAACGUGGUAUUUGUUGAUGCCUGGGAGAUGACAAUAGCACAUUACCUUCCUCACUAUAUACAUCCUGGGAGUAUUAUUAUAAAGAAUGAAAUAGAUGUGUUUCUUUCACAUGUGUGCCCUUCUGUAAAAUAAUGAAAUUUGUAUGGGAUCAAUUAUAACCAGGAUUUUUUUUGUCAUCCGAUUCAAAAUCUCAAAUAUAACUUCAUAUUUUUAGGGGGCAAUAUCACCAUUUCUACAGGAUAUUACUAUCUGACAUUUGUCGAACAAACCUAGUCUAAACAUGCCCACAGAAUAUCUGUGCACGUCAUACAAACUGACCAUUCAGCACCUCCCCACACUCCUGCUCUCACAACAUCUCACCCACAUAACAUCUCGCCUACAUAGACUCUAUCUCACACAUGCACACACAAUUCCUCAAGCAAAUGCACAUACUUCCUCUUGCAUGUUCAUACACACACUCUCACUCACACAUUACCUUCCAUGUAUGUGCACAUACACACACUGUUUCUCUCACGCACAUCAUUUUCUAAAUACACACAAUUUGAUUUGCACACACUCACACCAACUUACAUAUUUGUCAACAAACUAACACACACACACGCACUCAAUCUCACAUGCACAGGCAUGUACACUGCUUUGUCUCUUACACACAUGUUACUGCUCAAUUAAUAUGCAGUUGGGGUGCGAUUAUGUACAGCAGGUUGGUGAAUGCACACUGCAGUAGCCAUGAGGCAGCCUCACUGCUCCUUCCAUCUUCCUGCUUCCACAGGGAAACAGAGUGUGGUUCUUCAGCACAAUGUUUACCCCUCUCUACAGGUGGGUUAAUGUCACCUGAGAUGUUGUACUGCGAAGGUUGCGAAGAGGUUCUCCAUUACAGCUGGGACUGCGAGUUCUGUCAUGGAUGUUGCCUGACCUGCUGUGCUUUUCCAGCACUACUCCAAUCUUGAUUCUAAUCUCCAGCAUCUGCUGUAUCCACAUUCACUCUGUAACAUUUGCUGGUCUUACCUGCUGUUAAACUCUAUGUUGUGUGUGUGUGUGCAGCCAGUCAAAAGCUGGGCUGUGUCCAGAAAUCAUUUGAGUGUAGAGGCAGCCCAUUGCUUCCCCUGUUCUGGAAAAAACAUCGCAGCUAUAAAUCUUUGUCCAAUUGAUUUUUGUAACUAUCUAGAAUAAAUGAAAUUAAACGCUAA